UUUUUCAAAAAUUGAUAUUUUUAUAAUCAGUCUUUUUUAUUAAUCUUUUUAUUAAAUCAUGGAAUUAUUUAAAGCUUUAAGCCUAUUCAGUAGAGGAAAAUAUGAAGAAUGUACAAUAAUAUGUACAGAUUUAUUAAAAAAAAAUCCUCUUGAUCAGACUGCAUGGAUCUUAAAAAUGCGUGCCUUAACAUUACAAGUAUAUAUAGAUGAUAUAGAAGGAGAAGAAGAAGGAAUUGCUGAAAGUUUAUUAGAUAAUUAUACAAUAUCUUCUAUGCCUAGACCAGGAACAUCUUUAAAAAAUCCUGGUACUUCUUUCACAGGACAAUAUCUUCGGCCCAAAACUCAAUCAGGUAGACCACUUACUGGUAUUAUACGACCAGCUACUCAAUCUGCUAUAUCUCAAUCAAUUGAGCAAACUUUAAGGACACCCAGAGUUGCUAUGACAGCUAGACCAAUUACUGCAAAUUCUAGCCGAAAUAUUAGAUUAGGUACAGCAUCCAUGUUAACAGAACCAGGAAGACCGUUUAUACAACUAUCACGUUUAAAUAUUUCUAAAUAUGCUAAUCAACCAAAUAUUGCUAAAUCAUUAUUUGAAUAUAUAUAUUAUUACGAACAUGAUAUAAGAUACGCAUUAGAUUUAGCAGUACAAGCAACAAAAAUUUGUCAAUAUAAAGAUUGGUGGUGGAAAGUACAACUUGGUAAAUGUUAUUAUAGUUUAGGAAUGAUUAGAGAUGCAGAACAACAAUUUAAAUCAGCACUGAGAGAUUUUAAAACUAUUGAAGUGAUCUUACGAUUAAUCAGAAUUUACAUUAAACUUGAUCAACCAUUGGCAGCUUUAGAUACAUGUAAAAAAGGUCUUGAAUAUUUUAAUAAUGAUGUGAAUAUUCUUACGGAAAUGGGACGGAUAUUUGAUGGAUUAAAUAAUAUGAGUAUGUCAUUAAAAUAUUAUAAAAUAAUUGCUCAAGAAGAUGCCUCUCAUACAGAAGCAAUAGCUAGUAUCGGAAUAUAUCAUUUUUAUAAUGACCAACCUGAAUUAGCUUUGCGAUAUUAUAGACGAUUAUUACAAAUGGGAGUGUACAAUGCCGAAUUAUUUAAUAAUCUUGGACUAUGUUGUUUUUAUGCUCAGCAAUAUGAUCAUGUUAUAUCUUGUUUUGAAAGAGCAAUUACUCUUUCAACUGAUGAAAAUAUAGCAGAUAUAUGGUAUAAUAUUUCUCACAUUGCUAUUACAGUAGGUGAUAUAAUGAUGGCAGAAGAAUGUCUAAAAUUAGCUAUCAUUAAUGACAAUAGGCAUGCAUUAGCAUAUAAUAAUCUUGGAGUUAUACAAAUUCGAAAUGGAAAUAUAACAGCAGCAAGAACGUAUUUUCAUGCUGCUGCUAAUAUUGCUAACUUUAUUCAUGAGCCUCAUUUUAAUAGUGCUUAUUUAGCUUACGAGAUUGGAGAUCUUCAAACAAGUUACAUUGCUAUAAAGAAAUCUUUAAAUACAUAUCCUAAUCAUUAUGAUAGUAAAACUCUUCUGAACAAAUUAGAGAGAUAUUUUUCACAUGUGUGAAUAGAAAAAAUAGAAAUUUAUUUAUAUCAUGUAAAAUGUAUUAUUUUAUUGAUAUUUGAUUUUAAUUUUACAAUUAAUAUUACGUACAUAAUAUAUAUGUAUGUAAAAAGUAUA